AUGUUAUUCGUUUCUGCAAUGUAAAAUGCAUUGGGCUCACCUAAAUAUAAAUCAGCUGAAAAAUAAUAAAAGAAAUAAAAAUCAUCUAUUGAUAGUGAAUAAUUAACUACUCUAUUGUAAUUAGAAGCCGCAUUUCAUGAAAGACUUUACAGCAUUGAUCAUGUUACAAAAUUACUAGAAAUAUAUAGUUAUUUAAUAGAAUAAUUAGAACCUAAUUUACAACCUCUAAAAGAUUACUUCAUAGAAAAAAUGGAAUUUUUAUUGAGUAGACCAGAAACUAUAGAAUUGAUGAUGGAUAAUGAUGAAAGAUCAACAGCUCUUUAGAAUAGAUUUACUACAUUGAUAAAUACUUAAGCACUCGAUUAGCUUAAAAUUAAUGAAGAAUAAAGAUUUAAUCGACCAUUUUUACAAUAAAAUUCUGACUCUAAUUCUAAAAUGAGAUUUAGUGUAUUUAAAAAGCAUUAAGCUAAAGAAAAAGAAAUUUGUAUGGAGGUUUAAGAAAGAAAGUAAGAUUAAAAAGGUGAUAUGAAUUCACUCUUAUAAGAGUAUGAUUAAAUUUCAAAAGAAUAUGAUUCUGUCAUUAAGAAAUAACUUCAAGAUUAAAAUAAUGCUAUCAAUUAAAGAAUGGCUAUUAGAAAAAAUAAGAAAAAACGAACAAAAUAAUCAAAUUCAUAAGAAAACAAAAGAACAUCUGUAGUCAAUCCUGUAAGAACCACACUUUCAAAAUGGAAAUUAAUUAAUGAAAUUCAAGAAAGUGCUCAAUUUUGGCGUCAAUCAAUAAAUAAAAUAAAGAAGUGA